AGCAAAGUCGACAUUGCGCUUGCCGACAGCUCACACCGUCAACAAAAUCCUCACCGAUGUAAACAAAGUAACAAUCUGGUGGCGAAUGAAAAAUGUCCGCGCUGGGCACAAAUUUAGCAUCAAACACGCUGCUUUUCGAUUCGAAAGUGUGCCGCUUGUGCGGCGAACAGAACGAAAAUGGACGUCCAUUGUUUCGGGAACGUGACGCAAACGGUGAAUGUGAAGUCAGCCGGCUGAUUAAUCGGUACCUGCCGGUGAAGGUGCACAACGAUGGUGUGCUACCGCGCUGGAUUUGUCCCGGGUGUCACAUUCAGCUCGAAUCGACGGCUCAAUUCUUCGAGAUGAUCCUGAAGGGCCAGCAGCAGAUAGAGCAGCUGAGGGAGAAGCAACAGCCGGCGCUCGUGAAGAGUGACAGUGCGCGGGUGGAAGACGUUGGCCAGCUGUACGAUAUUAUGGACCCGGAGUGGAACGAGCUGUUUGCCAAACCGGGUAUGAUUAGUGCCGAUAAGGAGGGUCUGCUCGUACCGCUGGAACUGUUCGAACUGGAUGAGCUGUUCAAACCGAUCGAAACCCCACCGAAACCCGCACUGCCCGCACCGCAGCAACCAGCACCAGCAGCGGCCGAAACCUCACCGGAACCGGUGGAAAGCGAAAUUGUACCUGGAACGCAACCAGCCGAGCCGAUCGAGCAGGAGAAAGCGGAAGCAAAGGAUUGGAUCGUAAAGUCGGAAGUAACGACCACCAACCAGGGCCGUGUGAUUGGAUUCGUCCACCACAACCACAGCAAAACCGACAUCGGCAAUCUGGUGCUGGUGGAAGAUGGUAAAGGUAAGAAAAAAAUAAGCGCCCAGUUCGUGUGCGACAUUUGCAGCGAAAGCUUCGCCCGGGAACCACGCUACCUGAAGCACCGCAAAACCCACAGCAUCCUGUUCGAGUGUUCCGCGUGUCUGCUGAAGUUCGGCUCGAACGGAAAGCUGCUGGUCCACCAGCAGCAAACCCUGCACAUCGGGAAGGGUAUGGUGGAAGGCUUGCAGCUACCGACGGACAGCGGUUCGAAGCGAAAGGGAGAGGGCUCGCGGGAGCACAGCGGCCCACCGAAGGAUGGAAGCGAAAUCCAAAGCGCACCACCGAAGGCAGACAAUGUGUACGCGUGCGAUAGCUGCGAUAACACGUUUGCCGGGUUGAACACCGUGCUGGAGCACGAGGAAGCGGUCCACGCGCACGAGAACCAUUCGUUCGUGUGCAUCGAGUGUGGGAAAGCGUUCCGGGAGAAGAAUCUGCUUCACCGGCACCGCCAAACGCACGUCCAGGACCGGAUGCACCGGUGCACGGUGUGUGAGGCGGCCUUCAAAACACGCUCCACCCUGACGAAGCAUGCCCGGUCGCACGAAGGCACCAAACGCUACCGGUGCACGAUGUGCGACCAACAGUUCGCGUACAAAUCCGGCUUCGACAAGCACCUCGACUGGCACAAUGGGGUGAAGCGGUUCGAGUGUGAACACUGCUCGAAGCGCUUUUCGCAGCGUGGAAACUUGAAAGAGCACCAGCGGGUCCAUUCGGGCGACAAACCGUUCCAGUGCGGCGUGUGUGAGGCACGGUUCGGGACAAGCUCCCAGCACAAGGCACACGUAAAGCGGCACGAAAAUGUGCGCCCGUACGAGUGCGAUAUGUGCGACAAGUCGUUCAUCUUGCGCGAACACUACAACACCCAUCUACGCCGGCACCGGAACGAGAAACCGUUCGCGUGUGGCGAUUGUCCACGUUCGUUCGUGGAACGCUGGGCGCUGACGAAGCACGUGCGGACACACACGCAGGAAAAACCGUACAGCUGUAAGCACUGUGGGAAAUCUUUUUCCGACCCGUCGAAUCUGUCACGGCACGUCGGUUCGGUGCACGAGAAGAAGGCGAAGGAUAGUGUGGUGGAGCCGGCGCCGGUGGAGAGUGCUGGCGGUACGAGUGAGGUAAGCGAUGGGACGCUUUUCGAAAUGACCGCCGGAGCAGGUACGAACGCGACCGGCGAGGAAGGAAUGUUGGCCCUAGGGGAAGCGAUCUACAUGGAGCAGCACUAGAGGGAAGCUUAAUAGAACUACUGCAGGUUAGUGGACUCUAUCGGGUGAGGAAGGGGAAGGGUUGAUUAACAGGGGUGAAUGGAGGCUAUAGUGAUCUUUUGGCAGGCGGAAUGGGCUCGCCGAAAUAAGUUAGUUGAAGUGGUAGUACAACCAUUUUGUGGUACACUAGAAUUCCAAAAAGCAUAUAGUAAAUUACAAAGCAAAGUAUUGAAAUUGUA